UCGAGGUUCGUGAGAUAUUCGUAGCACCGUUCGUCUUAUUUAAAGAGAUACUGCCAUAUAAAAAAAGGCACGAAAAUGGCAAGUCGAGAUGAUUUUAUUCAAUUGUUCAAACUGGCCGACAAAGAUAACAGCGGCCACCUAACUCUGAACGAACUGUUCGACGAAAUGAGGAAGUUGGGCUACAGAGGAACUGAUGACGUACUUAAAAGUUACUUUGCUACUGCCGACACCUCAAAAGACAAAAAGUUGAACCUGGAAGAGUUCAUAACCUCCAUGUCCAAGGCACCACCCCAUGUCCACAGAGUUGCACUGAUGAGAAGAGUGUUUGCGAAGUUCGACAAGAACGGGAAUGGGACACUGGACAAGAAGGAGCUGCAGAAUGCAACCGCCAUGCUGGGCGACAAAUUCAACGACGAGGACACGGCCAUACUCAUGUCAAUCAUUGAUAAGGAUAACUCAGACACGGUUGAUACAGAAGAGUUCAUACAGGCUUUCAUUGAAAUGAGGAAAUAAAUUUUGGAAAUCAUUCAUCCAUAAAAAUAAUAAAGGAAUGAUUGAAUGAAUGAACGAAAGAACGAACGAACGACGGAAAGAAAGAAGGAAUAAAUGAAAGAACAAACAAAUGAAUGAACGAAUUGAUGAAUGAAUAGAUAUAUUGAUGAAUGAAUGAAUAAAUAUGAAUGAAUGAUGAAUAAAUGAAUGAAUGGAUAGAUAGAUGGUCGGUUGGAUGUAUGCAUAAAUAGACAGAUGGAUCGACGGAUGAACGAAUGAAUGAAUGAACAAAUGGAUGCAUGAAUGGAUGAAUGAAUGAAUUAAUAAAUAUCCAGUCUAAAUUCUAUUUAUUAGGCACCAUACAUUCAUAUUUAAUUCCUACCUUUAAUCAACGUCACAGCUUUUAUUUGCACUUAUACAAUGCUUGUUGAUUCCUACUAUUACUAUCCAUGCUACUUUUAUUAUUACUA